CACCCUUUUCCCACCAUUCUACUCUCUCUCUCUCUCUCUAGAAUUAAUUUUUCGCAAUUCGCAACCACACAAGGAAGCUACCACUCUAAGACAAACCCCCAAUCGCAGCUCAACAACGUUAAGAACACACACACACACACAUCGACACACACAACGCUACAAACAAAGCCCAACUCUAGUCCUAAUUAUUGCUACUGUUGCACUCUUGUUUCUCCGUCACGUUUCUGCUGGUGCCUUGAUUACUAUGUUGCCCGCACAACCACUUCUUUGCGUGUUUCGGUACAACUCCUCAAGCUAGCGGUGAACUUCUUCUUUUGGGAUAAAGCAAAGGGGAUUUCCUAAUUUUUUCCGUAUUCCCUCUUCCCAAUUUCAGAAACCCAGAAAACAUACCUGUUGAUUUUGAUUUUUGAGCUGUAUUUAUUGUUAUCCACAAUGUCGAGUUUGGAGCAGCCCCUUGGUCUUGACAAAUUGCCAAGUUUGAGCAAUAUCGAUCGGAUUUAUAGGUUUUCAUCCAGUGCAUGCAGGCCCAUGGGAGAAGAUAUGGGGAAGGGAAACUGCUGGAUUGAUGGUAGAAGCUGCAGCUCGUCUAAUAGCUGCGCUGAUGAUUUUGAAGAGUACGAUCAAGAGACUAUUACAUGGGGGAGACAAAUGAGAAACUCGUCGCAAAGGAAUUCAAGCCAAGGUAGAAGACAAAAUCCGCGUAACUCGUACUGCAACGACAAUGAAACCGGAGAACCAAAAUAUAUGCUCUUCAAAGGCAUUCCAAGACUUGUGAAAAUAGUAGAAGUGGGCCCGAGGGACGGGCUACAAAACGAGAAGACAAUCGUUCCCACAUCAGUCAAAGUCAAAUUGAUCCAAAAAUUAGCUUCUUCCGGAUUGCCAGUUGUCGAAGUUACAGGCUUCGUUUCGCCAAAGUGGGUCCCUCAGCUCGCGGAUGCAAAUGAUGUAAUGGCAGCGGUUAAGAAUCUGGAGGGUAUUCGAUUGCCUGCGCUUACGCCCAAUCUUAAGGGCUUCGACGCAGCUAUUGCAGCUGGUGCAAAAGAAGUAGCUGUAUUCGCAUCAGCUUCCGAGUCAUUUUCGAGAUCGAAUAUCAACUGCAGUAUCGAAGAGAGCCUUGUUCGAUAUCGUGCUGUAACUUCUGCUGCUAAAAAGCUCGCAAUUCCUGUUCGAGGGUAUGUAUCAUGUGUGGUUGGGUGUCCGAUUGAAGGAUAUAUUGCCCCACUGAAAGUUGCUUAUGUGGCGAAGGAGCUUCAUAAUAUGGGUUGUUUCGAGAUUUCGCUAGGAGAUACAAUAGGAGUUGCUACACCUGGUACUGUUUUACCCAUGCUCGAAGCAGUUAUGGCAGUUGUGCCCGUCGACAAACUUGCUGUUCAUUUUCACGAUACGUAUGGCCAAUCUCUUCCGAAUAUUCUUUUAUCCCUCCAAAUGGGAAUCAGCACGGUGGAUUCGUCUGUAUCGGGGCUAGGAGGGUGCCCUUAUGCGAAGGGGGCUUCGGGAAAUGUUGCGACAGAGGAUGUGGUGUACAUGCUCAACGGUCUUGGUGUGAAAACGAACGUUGACAUGGAGAAGCUUUUGUCGGCCGGAGAGUAUAUCAGUCAGUACUUGGGCCGUCCAAUCGGUUCCAAAACUGCCCUUGCUUUGAGAUCCUCCUCUAAAGAUUCCUCUAAAAUUUAA